AUGGGCCCUGCCUUGGCCCCUGCCCUCUCCUUCAUCCUGGGCCUCACCCUCCUGAGCACCCCGCCCCCAGCCCACAGCCUCAGGGCCGCGCCCUCCCUUGCCCCCGUUGGAGAUGAGCCUUCCCCAGAGGCGGCCGUCCUCACUCUGCACCACCCCCCCAGCCUGCCUGUGCGCCACAGGCCACAGCCGCUCAGGCCAUGGGUCCCUCUGAGCCCGGGUCCCUGCACACCCCUCCUGCCCUCUGGCAAGACCUUCCUCCCACCACUGGCCUCCUGCUCCUCCCUGCCCCCUGCAGGGCAGCCUGUGGCCACCCCACCCUGGCAGCUGGCCUACGUGUUUGCUGUCACCGAAGAAGUUUCAUCUGUGGUUUCCUCUUCCUCCGGACCCCACAGUCUUCGUUACAAUGUCACGGUGGAGUCCCAGGACGGAUCUGCGCCAUCAGGGUUUCUCGCCAGGGGACAUCUGGAUGGUCAGCUCUUCCUGCUCUGUGACAGGCAGAAAGGCAGGGCGGGGCCCCGGGGGCAGGGGGCAGAAGCAGUCCCAGGAGAUGAGACCUGGGACACAGGGACCGAGGACUUGGCAGGGAACGGGAAGGGCCUCAGGAUGACCCUGGCACCUGUCAAGGGCCGAAAGGGGCUGAGAGUGGGAGGGGCAGGAGUGGGGCCGUUUGCAGGAAAGCUGGGCAGAGAGCAGGGCCCUGUCCCUUCCUACUGGAUCUGGCUGGGGCGAAUGGAGGUGUCACUGCUGGCGCGGGUGGGGACAGCCUGGCGUCGGCCGCAGGAUACGAGGGAAUGUGAGAUCCACCAAGACAGUGGCACCAGCGGUUCAGGCGUUUCUGCUACGGUGGGCAGCACGUCCCCCCCCAAACCUGAAGACUCAGGCGCGGACAGUGCCCUAGUCCUCAAGAGCUCAGGCCCUGACUAUGAAAAUCCAGAAGACAGCGUGCAGACACUACCUCGAUAUCUGGCAGCCCGGGGGGCUUCAGGAGAGCAGGUGCUGACCCUGGGCAGGGGCGCCCCUCUCCCCAGGUCUGCUGGAGUCGCCCCCAGCUCCGUCCAGGGACCCUCCGUGUACUGUGGCUGCACAUUCUGUUGGCGACAGAUUUGCAGAAGGCCUGGGGUCAGCGAGGGCUUCAGCCAGUGUCGGAAUGGCGAGGGGACGCACCCUGCUCCCUGUGUGUCCCUUGGAGAGGAGCAGGGCUUGGCCCCGGGCCUCACCAGCUGUGCCUUUCCUUCCCCAGUGACCCCCAGGGUGAUUGUGACCUGCAGCCAGGCCUUCAAGGGCAACGUCACCCUGAUGUCCUGGGCUUCAGGCUUCUGUGCCCAGAAUAUCUCUCUGGCCUGGUGUCAGGGCAGGGCACCUUUGAGCCAGGACACCCAGCAGUUUGGGGGAGUCCUGCCCUGUGCGAAUGGGACCUACCAGACCUGGGUGGCCACCAGGGCCCAAGGAGAGGAGCAGAGGUUCCCCUGCUACGUGGGACACAGCAGGAAUCACAGGACUCACGUUGUGCCCCCUGGGGAGCCUGAGGUGACCCUGGAGGGUUCUGACCCGGGUGUGCCGGGCCAGGCGGGGGAGCAGAGGAGGCUGUGGCUCUGCGUGCGCAGUGGGUGGCGAGGCCCUUUUCCCUGGGAAGACCUUGGUGCUCAGCGCCGAUGUCCAGCCCUUCCGUGCACUGCUGCUGCUGCUGCUGCUCUUAUCGUCAUUGUUCUCUGUGUCCUUUGGUACAAGACAGUGAUGACAUCAGCUGCAGGGGUCCAGGUGAGAAAGGGGGCAGGGGCUGGAAAUGGGAGGGCCGCUGUCCAGGCAGGAGGGUCCCCUCCUACCUCCCGCUGCACAGACAGGAGUGUCGGUGACAAGCCUUCUGGAGCAGGGGGUGGCAGUCGGGGAAUUGGGGAGGGGAGUGGGAGCCACGUCUGUAUCUACACCCCUUAG